AUGACAGCUGGGCCGCCUGAAAUUUCCCGCACGAAAUAUGUUGAGGGGAAAUCUGCGUGUUCUCUCUCGUCGCCUUUGCUGGCCUAUACUGAUGAAUACAGACCACCUGUUUGGAAAUCUUACUUGUAUCAGCUGCAACAGGAAGCUCCUCAUCCUAGAAGAAUAACCUGCACUCGUGAGGUAGAGAACAGACCCAAAUAUUAUGGAAGAGAAUUCCAUGGGAUGAUCUCAAGGGAGGAAGCUGACCAAUUAUUAAGUGUUGCAGAGGGAAGCUAUCUCAUUCGUGAAAGCCAAAGGCAACCUGGAACCUACACUUUGGCAUUAAGAUUUGGAAGUCAAACCAGAAACUUCAGACUCUACUACGAUGGAAAACACUUUGUUGGGGAGAAACGUUUUGAGUCCAUCCAUGACCUGGUGACAGAUGGAUUGAUUACUCUUUAUAUUGAAACGAAGGCAGCUGAAUACAUUUCCAAGAUGACAAUUAAUCCAAUUUAUGAACACAUAGGAUAUACAACCUUAACCAGAGAGCCAGCACACAAAAAGCAUAUGCCAGCCCUGAGAGAUGAACAUGAUGGCAAAGAGUCUACAGGAGAGGAUGAGGUAGCAGAAAAGAGGUUGACGUCGCUCGUCCGAAGAGCAACUCUGAAGGAAAACGAACAUGUUCCAAAAUACGAGAAGGUUCAUAAUUUCAAGGUGCACACGUUCAGGGGCCCGCACUGGUGUGAAUACUGUGCCAACUUCAUGUGGGGCCUCAUUGCUCAGGGAGUGAAAUGUGCAGAUUGUGGUUUAAAUGUGCACAAGCAAUGUUCCAAGAUGGUCCCAAAUGACUGCAAGCCAGACCUGAAGCAUGUCAAAAAAGUGUACAGCUGUGACCUUACCACGCUAGUAAAAGCACACUUCACCAAGAGACCAAUGGUGGUAGAUAUGUGCAUUAGGGAAAUUGAAUCUAGAGGUCUUAAUUCUGAAGGACUGUACAGAGUCUCAGGAUUUAGUGAUCUUAUCGAAGAUGUCAAAAUGGCAUUUGACAGAGAUGGGGAAAAAGCUGAUAUUUCUGUGAAUAUGUAUGAAGAUAUCAAUAUUAUCACUGGUGCACUUAAACUGUACUUCAGGGAUUUGCCAAUUCCACUCAUCACGUAUGAUGCCUACCCAAAGUUUAUAGAGUCUGCAAAAACCGCGGAUCCGGAUGAACAGCUGGAAAUUCUCCACGAGGCACUGAAGCUGCUGCCGCCUGCACACUGUGAAACAUUACGGUAUCUCAUGGCACAUCUGAAGAGAGUAACACUCCAUGAAAAGGAAAACUUGAUGAGUGCUGAAAACCUGGGCAUAGUUUUUGGACCAACUCUCAUGAGAGCGCCGGAGCUGGACGCGAUGGCUGCACUGAACGACAUCCGCUAUCAGAGACUUGUGGUGGAGAUGCUUAUAAAAAAUGAAGACAUUUUAUUUUGAAUAUUUUGGGGGUUUUGUAAUAAAAAAGGAAGCAACAGUGUUCUAUGGAUGAAGGAAUAUUUUAAAGUAAUUUAAUGGCUCUUGUCACUGAAUUCCGUAUUUGCUAGAGCUUUUGAUGUAUUCAGGAUAAAAAUGAAGGAACUCUUUGUCGUUUCUGUAGUGCCAUUCAGCUGAAGUUGAAAAAGGUUAACACAUACUUUCCAGUACUAGUAAU